AUAAUGAAAAUUGAAUUUAUUUUAACUAUUUGUCUGCUAAUAAACAUAUUGUUAGCAAUCAGUGGUGGUGUCAAUAGUUUGCCAUCCGAUCGGCGGCCACUUAUUGAACGCUUUAAACGUUUUAGCGACGGCGAUGAUGUAGAUAUUGUCGGUGAUGAUAAUAAUGAUGAUAACAACGGCGAUGAAGACACGACAACAGCAUCAGUGAUAACAACUGAUAACAAUAAUAGUAACAAUGAUGAUAAAGACGAUGAUGACGAUGGAAAGCCAGACAAAGACGACAACAAUGGGAACAAUAGUGAUGAUAAUGAUGAAGACGAUGAAGAUGUUCAUCAAGAAGAGGAUAAUGAUGACGAUGACAGUCAGCCCGAUGUCAGCCAAGAGGGCAGCAAACUGUUGGUUAUAUUAGUAGACGGCUUUCGGUGGGAUUAUGUUGCCCGAGACAAACGGUUAAUAGGCUUUCCGCGAGUGGCUGCCAACGGUGUUACAGCCAAAUACGUGAAACCGGUAUUUCCGGCCAAUUCCUAUCCCAAUUGGUAUUCGAUAAUGACUGGCCUAUAUCCSGAAAGUCACGGUAUGUUUGAAAACUAUAUGUACGACCAGGACUGGGACGAACUGUUUCUGAUGUCACCGCAUCGUAACGCCUCUCACUCGCACUGGUGGAACCAAACGGAACCGUUGUGGGUGACAGCCGAACAAAACGGUUGUCGUACGGCUAUGUACUUGUGGGACGGUUGCCAAGUAAGGAUAAGGGGCACAAAACCCUAUGUGUGCCACCAGUAUCGUCAACUAUACAGCGCUGAUGAGGCAGACAAUCAGACCCGGACUUAUAUGAAACAAAUUUUGGACGACUUCUCCUAUAAUAAAUAUAGACUGGCAUUACUGUACUACGAGUUUGUCGAUUACAAUGGUCAUGAAUACGGUCCCCGUCAUAGGCGAACCAAACAGGCUAUCCGAGCCAUCGAUAAGAUAAUCAAUGACUUAUACGAUGACAUACUGGAAGAGAAACUGGAAGACGAUGUAAACGUUGUGAUCGUUUCAGAUCACGGAAUGAUCUCUAAGGAAGGCUUUCGGGUCAUUGACAUCGAAGACUAUCUGGACUUCAAUGAUGUCGAACUGUUUAUCGGUAAGGGAUCAGUGGCACAGGUAUUGCCCGAAAAGGAUAAGGAGGAUGAGGUAUUUCAUCAAUUAAGACAAGCAAAAGUUGAUGGACUCAAUGUCUACCGAAAGGCUAAUAUUCCCGAUAGAUAUCAUAUGAAAAAUCAUAAAAAUGUUUUACCAAUACUAUUGACCACCGAUGAGGGCUAUUAUAUAGAACCGCCUACAAUUAAAGACAAAGUGUAUCCACACCAGGAGUCAGACACAGCACCGGGAGAUGAUUCCGAUGAUGAUAACGACAACAACGAUAAUAAUAAUGUGCUCAAAGGUGGCGGCGCUCACGGCUAUGACGUCGAAUAUGUGGACGAAAUGCGGACAAUAGUUUACGGCUUUGGCCCGGCCUUUCGCAAGGCCUACAUAUCGGAACCGUUGGAAAUGGUCGACCACUACAAUCUGUUCUGCGAGCUGUUAGAUCUGAACAACUGUCGGCCGAACAAUGGCAGCAAAUAUCGGACCGAGUUGUUGCUGAAAGAGGCCGAAAGCGAUGACGACGACGACAACGAUGACAGUGAUGAAGAUGAUGAUGAAGACAAUGAUGGAGAUGACGAUGAUAGCGAUGGAGACGGUGUCCAAGCAUUUAGUCUAAACUGGUGUCUGGUGUUUGCCGUUUUGGCCAAAAUUGGCGCACAAUUAUGGCUAUAA